GCGUGAUCGUGAAGACGACUAAAUCCAGCAAUAGCAGGUCCGCUGUGAACUCUGUGACCUCCGGUGGGACUAUUUGCACUCAAGUAAUGGAGAACUCCGGCAAGAGAAGAGGAAUUGUGAUUAAAGACGAAUGGCCAGGUUAUAGUCUGGAUUUGUUCACCUACCCGGAGCACUACCGCGACGACAUCGACAACGUUUACAUCCCACACGGGGUGGUCAUGAACAGGACCGAGCGGCUGGCCCGUUACAUCGCCGAGGACUUUGCCGACGACAACAUCGUGGUUCUGUGCGUGCUGAAGGGCGGCUACAAGUUCUGCGCCGACCUGGUGGAGUGCAUCAAAGUACUGGGACGCAAUUCCGGAAAGUACUUGGAGACACGCGUGGAGUUUAUACGACUCAAGAGUUACCUGAAUGACCAAUCAACAGAGGAUCUGCACAUCAUAGGCAGCCGAGAUCUGUCCUUUCUCUGUGGAAAGAGCGUCCUCAUUGUUGAGGCCAUCGUUGACACAGGCAAGACAAUGAAGGCCCUUCUGAAGCAUGUGGAGACCUUUCAACCCAAGAUGGUCAAGGUCGCGGGUCUGCUGGUGAAGCGAGUCCCCAACAUGGAUGAAAACCUGACUGACUAUGUGGGCUUUGAAAUCCCCAAUCGCUUUGUAGUGGGCUACGCUUUGGACUACAACGAGUACUUCCGGGACCUCAAUCAUAUCUGCGUCAUCAGCAAGACAGGCAAGCAGAAGUACAAGGUUUGACUCAAGCUCUGAAGGAUAAAAACAAACCAACAAAAAAGGCAAAAUAUGCAUUUGUACAGUAUUGAAUGCACUUGUUGGCAUUCAUUUUUGUGUAUGUUUGAGAGAUUGACACAAAAACUGCCAUUAGUGGCAGAUGGCGAGAGAUUACUGGAGUUGGCAUCGAAUGCAACUCGCUCUGACUCAUGGAAAACGCACACACAUGUGAGCAGGCGCCUCAAA